UUCUCAAAUAUUGGUGAGACAUUUAUUCGAGUGACAGAAGCCGGUGGGACAGAUUCGGUGUUGGAGAUUCGGGUUUCUGAAGAAUCAGUGAAUCCGUGCGGAGAUGAACAGAAGACGGUUUGGAUGGAACUGGCAUUUGAUGUGCCUCUUCAGGAGCUGUCGAUCGGGGAGCAGCUGGAAACCAUCGAUAAAGUAUCGGAUUCAUUGUUGCGGAUUUAUACGAAUCAAUAUAAGGAUGAAAUUAGACGGUCGGAAGUGUUCGAGAGCGGGUUGGUGGAUGAGCCGACAUCGGAUGAUACUUUUUUGUUGUGGAAAGUAUCGUGUAACGAUUUGGAUGACGACGGAUUAGAAGCGUUGGAGAAUGUGUUGACGUUGAUCAGUGAUGAAGCUAUCGAGUUGGAGCAUAAACCCGUUGGAUGGAAGACUUUCAGUUGA